GGGGACCUGCCGGGGGUCGACGAUCCCCAAAACGCUGCGGAGAACGGUCACGGGAGUUGAACCCAGACGGCGGAGGGUAUCUUUGAGACAUCACCAGGUCAUGCUAGUGCACAUGAGACAAAGCAACCCGGCAGGAUGCCUGCGACAGAUUAGUAACGCGGGACUUCAGAGGUUCAACCAAGGCGAGGUACUGGGUGGGAUGAAAUUCGGACUUCGAGGAAAGAAAGAAAGUAUGUCCAAAAGAAAAGAAAGGGAAAGGGUGAAGUAAACAAAAAUUCAAAAGUCCAGUAAAGUAAAGAGAAAGAAAGGAAACCGAGGAAAUGGAUGGAUAUGAGACAAAUGGACAGAAGAAGAAGAAGCAGGAGUCUCGAAAAGAGCGGGUUGGAAAGACCAAUUGACGCAAAGAGGCGGAAGCGGCAGCAGCAGCAGCAGCAGUCGCAGUCGCAGCCAAAGCGCGAGCGAGUAACGAUCGAACGACCGACCGAGCGACCGACGAACGAACGAACGGGCAGUGGAGAACACGUGAUGGGUAGAAUGAAGCAUGCCAGCCCCGAGCCAGCCCAGCAUGGGUGAAACUGAG